AUGGCGAACAUGGCAGCUGCAGGGAACUCGGACGGGUCAACCCGCCAGUCCGAAGAAAACGGCGACAGGUUGAGCGAUCUUCCCGACAACAUUCUGCACCACAUCCUGUCGUUCCUCAACACGAACCACAUCGUACAAACCAGCGUCCUGUCCAGGAGGUGGAGAUCCCAGUGGGGAAACGUCCACGCUCUCAAUUUCCACGCGCCCCACCACCGCCACAUACGCCAAGCCAAGUUCAGAGAACACGUGGUCCAGUUUCUGUCUCGCCGCGGCGGACCCGACGACUCCUCCGCAGCCGUCUCCAGCGUCACCAUCGACGUGACCAAUACCGUUUGGGAACUGGAGACGGACCUUUUCGAUACGGUCAUGAAGUAUGCUCGUACUAAUCUUCGCCGACUGGGAGUGCACGGUAGCAAUCUGGCGACAUUUUUGUACGCCGACUUCGAAAAGCUCGCUGCGUCGCUGACGGCUCACGGCCAUCACGAGUCUCUCGAGGCUCUCGAGUUGGCCCGCUGCAGUCUCCAGGACGGCGACGCUUUUGGUUCCGUGGGGUUCAUCAGCCUGACGAAUCUCGAACUCCGUGGCUGCACGUUUUCGUCGUGUUGUGACCCUUUUGUCGGUAUCCCUAGGCUGAACCGCCUGAAGCUUGAUUCGUGCUCGUUGUCACGGUGCAGCUUGAAGAUCUCGGGGCUCGAGCUCCUGAGCCUCGAGAUCUCAGGAGUGUACUCGGUUAGAGGAAUCGACGUGGUUGCUCCGAAGCUGAAAUCUUUCGUUUUCCACGGCUAUUCGGCGGAGUGUCUCGAGAACUUGGAGCUUCCUUCGCUGGACCGCGCGGUUGUUCGAGUCUGCUGGGGUGAUCAUCGACGGGGUCCUGACACGGCGGCGCUGAUUCAGAAGAACGAGGAAUAUAUGAAGCAGUUGCGUGGGUUGCGUAAUGCAAAAUCUCUCGCACUGCGUUUUGAUAAGAUAUAUUACUGGAAGUGGAAAGAACACGAAUUCCCGUUUAACAACAUGAAGUCGGCGAUGGAGUCGGAAGCGUCUCCGUUUACUAGGCUGAAGAUCUUGAGGGUGGAGUACCCACAAGACCCACAACCAAUCGCGCUACAUGAUCACGUGAUCCGUUAUUUCUUCGAACGCUCGUCUAAUGCAGAAGAGAAGAUCGUUAAGUUUGAGAAAGGUAAAAACGUCUUGAAUAAUGCACCGUACGUUGUUAAACUUGUUGCUCCAGAGCUGAGAAACCUUUCCUUUUUCCACAGCUUCGAGACGAUGAACUAG